CAGGUUGGUUGGUCUGGUCCGGUGGGAAUCGGUUUCGGAAGAUCGCGCCAAAGGUGCGCCUUUCCUGCACGAACAUCACACUUGCUUUCGGGCAAGAAUUCUCCAGUGUCUGUGUGUGGUUAGGAAAAAGGCCGAGUCGUGUGAACACAAGUGAACAACAGCACCAUGGACCAACGCCAUGGUCUGGUGCCGGAAAUGGACUGAUUUCGUUGUAAUUUCGGUCCAUUCCAUCCAUUUCCGUGUCGUCGGUCGGUUGCGGUAAAGGCAAAAUCGAAUCGACGGACAACGCACAACAUCCUUCAUCCGUUUCGCCAGCCAACACCAGUUGGCUUUACGCGGCGCUCUUGUAAACCUAGCGCCUUCCACAUCCAACUGGCCAAAGCUUCUGCUUCCGACCAUGCCAGCAAUGAUGGGCAAACGUGCGGAAGCGAUGGACCAACUGCUGCCGGUGGCGAUACUGCUGGUCGUGAUACUGACGGUGGUCGGCGGUGCCAGCUCCUAUACCGUUCCACGCGAUUCCGACAUCCUGCUGGCGGAUGGGUUCUUCAAGCGUAUGCGGGACCUGUUUGCUGAGCGAGCGUACGAGGAUGCGCUCGGUACCGGCGGUUCCGAGAUGGCAGACGAAGCGCCUCCCUUGCCACCGGUCGACACCUCUCAUCUGGACAGUCCACCAAAACCGAAGCUGGUAGAGGAUUGGCCAAAGGUGAAACACUCGUUCGGUCAGGUGACGGCCGUCACAAUCGAUCUGCAAGGCAAUCCGGUCAUUUUCCACCGGGGUAGCCGAACAUGGACCAUGGAGAGCUUCAACGAUAGCCAUCACUAUCAACACAUCGCGGAAGGACCGAUACCGGAAAAUACGAUCGCAACGCUAGCGGCAUCGGACGGUGCCGUACUGGAGGAACGUGGGGCCGGCAUUUUCUACAUGCCGCACGGACUAACAAUCGAUCGUAACGGGAACAUGUGGCUGACCGAUGUGGCACUGCAUCAGGUGUUUAAGUUUAUGCCCGGUCGGGACUAUCCCGCCAUUACGCUCGGCCAUCGUUUCGAGCCCGGCGCGUCCAAGAGCCAUCUUUGCAAGCCGACCGCGGUCGCCAUCGCCAGUACGGGUGAAAUUUUCGUUGCCGACGGGUACUGCAACAGUCGGCUGCUAAAGUUCAAUGCUGCCGGACGCUUGAUCCGUACCAUCCCGCAACCGCCCGAGUUCCUGUCCCUGCAGACCCCGCACGGUUUGACGCUGCUCGAACACCUGGACAUGGUGUGUGUGGCCGAUCGGGAGAAUAUGCGUGUCGUUUGUCCACGAGCCGGCCUGCAGACAUCGUAUGGCGAAGGGACACAGGCAGCCACCAUCCAGGAGCCGGAUCUUGGGCGUGUUUUCGAUGUGGCCGCCUACGGUGAUUUGGUGUACGCGGUUAAUGGACCGACCUCGCCCAUGAUUCCGGUGCGCGGCUUCACGAUCGAUCCACGCUCGGAAACCAUCAUCGAUCACUGGGGCAAGUUCGAGAAUCCCCACUCGAUCACCUUCUGCCCGAACGGAUCGGCCAUGUACGUGACGGAGAUUGGACCGAACCGUGUGUGGAAGUUUACCCUCACGAUGUAAGCAUGAACCAUGGUCGUGGCCCCACGAUAACCACACAUCCCACCAUCCGGUCCCGUGCGUUUCUUUCCUGGGUGGAACCCGCUCCAGGGUGCAGCGCGUACAACAUCUGCCGCUCCACGGUGACCACGAAUUAGCCCUCGAACAUGCGGCCGCAUUGCCGUCGCAUGCCAACAACAUCCACAACAACACAACCGAAACCAUUGGUGGCGGACACCAAACACGAAAGGAACUCACGCGGCACGGAUUCGUUUUCGAGCGGGGUGGAUUGGCAUGUGGUUUUUUUUGUGGUUCUAUGUACGUGAGCUGGUGAUACAACCCAAUGCCUGAGCCGUUUUUACAACAGCAAGGAAAAAAUGCCUCCCACAACCGUACCCAACGCUUACCUAUUCCAGCCGGGAAGCGUUGGUACGGUUAUGGAAAGAUGCCUUUGCUUGGGACAAUUCUCCUCAUGCCACACGAACAAUUAAGUUUUCCUUUAGCAGUUGUAACCGAGGAGCCGUAAUGUAAAACAUCCAGCAACUUAUUGUUUUCAUCCAAGUGCAACGAUUCAACAAGAAAACAGAUUGCUGCAGGUAAACGAGACAGUAAAUUGAAGUGAAGAAAGUUUAUCUAACUAGCAGCAGCAAAUCUAUACAUACCUAUAUACAUAAAUAUACAAUACAUAUUCAUAUACAUAGAUGCACACCAGCUCACCCUAUCGGUGCCCGGAACCCCUAUCGGGACGUAAAAGUCAAACGGUUUGUAGGAAGCCCAAGGCUCACAGGUGGCAAAGAUACUUAAUCGAGUAGUGAUUUAUAUACAUAGCCUCACAACACACAGCAGCCACGUAUGCAAUUAUAUAUAUAUAUUUAUAUUUAUACGGAACACAUAGGACCAGCAGGGCUGAUGAGAGGAUGCUGCUGAAGGUGUGCAUUCCACCGUGAUGAUUGAUUGGUAAUAAGAUUGAAAGAGAGAGGGACAAACAGUACACGAAGAACAAUAUUGAACAAACCACACUCUGCAUUGCUAAUCUUGUUUUCCAGCCAACAGCUGGAAAAUUCUGUUUCCAUUUUGAAGAAAAAAGAAACAAUAUACAAACACCUACAAAACAAAGCGUUGCAACACUAAUGGUAGGCCAAAAGUACACUAAUUUUUAUGGCGAUAACAGUGAGAAAAACAGAAGUUUAAACAAAUAUUUCUAUCUUCCGUUGGUAAAACUAUGCAAAGCGCACGACACACAAUACAAUACAAAACAAAACAAACUGCAGCAGUAGGAGGCUUACGUUAAUUAACCAUAGAAGGAGCACAACGCAUCAUCGCAAUGGAAACAUUUAUACUACCUUCACAAUGGAGUUCACACACAACACGGAACCAACAAACCGAUGGUAAUCGCAAUUUAUCGCAAAAGUUCUACACCAAUUACAAAUAACAAUUUUGUGCUAGCGAGAAAGCCCCAGUAGAGUAACGUUCUUGGCGUAGUAAUGUUAGCGAACUGCAAACCGCUGGACACAUUUAUAUAGUGCAACUAAAUGCAAAACAGUGAAGAAAUGGACAGUGUGUGAGUGGUGCUGUGGUGCAAACAACUAAACCCCACAUAGAGCAGCGGCAAUACUCUACUUGCAUGCAUUGCACCGCUACAGCACCGCCCCGAGGAGGAUGGCGCAAAUCUUUCUAAGGUAAAAACACAUAUUUUUAUACGACGAUAGUGGUAAUAUUACAUGAAUUAAUAAGUAGUUUAUUAAUUCCAUAAGAAAUGCAAUGAAACCGAGGCAAAGUAUCAAAUACACACACACUCAGACACAGACUUGCAUCCGGACGGCACGAACAUCGGUGCCAGGAAGUUGGCAUACUAUAACUAUUCAUCAAACAAUGCGGGGAAAACCCGGCCCCCAAAAUGUAUAACAUAUUCCAAUUCGCGCGGAAUAGCCUAGAGUCAUCGCGUUUGAUUACAUUUGUUGGAGGAUAUGGGACAAACGCUCUAGGGCAGAUCCUUUCAAUAUAUGCUUCCUGUCUUAGUAGAAUUCUUUGAGGAUCCUUUCCGAGCGAUGAGGAAGUUAAUCUGAUCUCAUGAUGAUCUGUUAUUUUAUGUACUAUGAAAUGGUUCAUGUUAACAACACUAGAGUUUAUUUUCUUGUUUUCGACUCUUGCGAUAUAACUUCUAGUAACUACCGUUUAUAAGGAAGCAAAAAGUGAACAAAAUCUGUUGAGAGAUCGCUAAAGCGGUUGCAUACCAAUAUAUAAGCUGGGACAUACCUUAAAAUUAUGGUUUCUGUAUUUCAACGGGACCGCAGCAUCAAAAGCGUUUCACAGUGAGAUGAUUACGGAGGAUUUACUAAAAAGAAAAAUACCAGAAGCAGUUAAAGCGUAACCGAAUUUGAAUUUAUAUAUAAUCUAUAGUGCGGAAUUGUAUGCCACUACCACCAAUAAUUGCAUGUUAAGCCAUUAUUAUGAUAUAUACGUAUUAUACAUACGACAGAGAUAAAUUAUAUUACACACAUACUAUUCGUACAAUAAACUUAUAAACCAUAUAUACGGCAGACACAUACACAAUACACAUAUAUGACACACGAAAGGCUAAACAAGCAACAAAAAACACACUAUGAAGCUACUGUUAGGAAAUUUUAUAGCAAACUUAACAAAACAACAAAAUCACGUACACAUACAACUGGAUCAGUAUAAGAGCAAGUGCAACUAUUAUCCUUAACACUACUACUAAUACUACUAAUGACUACCACCCUAGUUGGGAACGGUUGUUGAGUAAGAAAUGUGUCCAUUUCCUUUGCGUAACACCGAUCUAGAAGCAUAAUCCAACCAAAAGGGUACCACCAGUUAUUGGGGGAGCAUGGCUUGAUCACAUUGCAGCAUUAUGUUGGUAGAAUUGUGAAUGAUUACAUUGCAAGAAGUCGUAGAGAACCCUAACCUGCUCACAUACCACUACUACACACUACACAACUACAAGAGAAGCAAAUAUGUUGAAUAAAAAAUUAUCAUUUAUUUUUCA